GCGGGGGAAAUUGAACUCCGCGAAAGACAGUGAAGAAAAAAAGAGAGCACGAGAUACAGAGAGAGAAAGAGAGAGAAUGGCGAGAACACUUUGCUGGGAUAAAUCUUGUCUAAAGAAGGGUAAAUGGACUCCAGAGGAAGACUUAAAGCUAAUGGCUUAUGUUACUAGGUAUGGCUGUUGGAAUUGGCGCCAACUUCCCAAAUAUGCAGGUCUAUCGAGGUGUGGAAAGAGUUGCAGAUUGCGAUGGAUGAAUUAUCUGAGGCCAAAUAUUAAGAGAGGGAAUUAUACUAAAGAAGAAGAGGACACCAUCAUUCGCUUACAUGAAUCUCUAGGGAACAGAUGGUCUGCUAUUGCUGCCCAGUUACCGGGGAGAACCGAUAAUGAGAUAAAGAACCACUGGCACACCAAACUCAAGAAACGCAAGCAAAAGGACACUGUGAAACCAGACUCCAGUGACCUCUCCCAGCGUAGAAAGAGACAAAAGAAAGAUACAAAACCAAAGAUUGACCCCAUAAGUCCUGGAACUACUCCUCAAAUUAUAGAAAGCAUAAGCUCCUCAUUGUCCCCCAAACCAUCUACAAGUGAUUUCUCAUCAUCGACCACCGCAAAUAACAUAGCUGUUACCAGUAGCUGCAGUGACUUGAAAUCUGAUGAUGAAUUUGCUUUCUUAGAGGCAUAUGAGGCACCUAUUGGAAAUAUUUGGACAGAACCUUUCUUGGCUGACAAUUACUACAUGCCUAGUGAGUUCUUGCCACCACUGCUAGACCCAGUUUCUCCACUUCUUGAUGGAGAGUUAUUAUGCUCUUAUGGUGUGUGUGAGCAAUAUGGAGUAUAGAAUGGAUAAUUAAACCUGGUUAAAGAACGUAAAAAAGUUUUCGUUCCCAUAAAAUUUUCUGCGUUGCUUCUUAGCAUAUCCCCUUUUUCCUGUCAUAGGCAUGACAUUUUUUGAGAAUGAAUUGAUAUAUAUGUACGUUAGGCUGCAUAUACAAUAAAAAAAUUUUUCUCAUCGUCCAGAUGGGGAAAAUAUCCACACUUGCGUUUGAUUGCCUGCAGCCAUGUUCGGCUUUUUGUUUUUUAUGUAUGAUGUAAUGCACGAAGGAUUCACUACCACACACCAGGUGAAAUU